AUCUUUUCUGAUAUCAAAUCUUUAAUAAAAUGUCCAUUGUUGUUGAUCUCGAUUGUCCAUAUAAUUUUACAUUUUCUUUUAGAUCUAAUGUUUAUGAAACAGCAUCAUUAAGUCAUGUUUUGUUGAACCGAAAUGUGUUUUACAGUAUAUUAUCAGCAGAUGAUCAUUUUCUUUCAAAUCUACUUUGGAUCGUUUCAAGUCCACGGUGGAUGGUCAGGUUGGUCUUACUGGAGUGCUUGUCCAGUCCAGGCGGGUUAGGAAUUUUGAAACGUCACAGAAAUUGUUCGAACCCAUAUCCCUUGCGCUAUGGUGAUCACUGUUUUGGAGAUGCACUUGAAUAUAGAAAUUGCGGUCAGAAGUUGUGUGAUGAUGGAGUAUGGGGCAACUGGGAGAGAUGGGGAACGUGUAGCAGUCUGUCUUGUGGAAUUGGCGUGCACCAAAGAUCAAGGUCUUGCGCAAACAAGAUUGGGACAACAUGCAAGGGGAGAUCUUUUGAAGUAAAGCUGUGCAAACAACAAGAUUGUUGUAAGUUUUAUGAAAGAUUAGUUAGUGAAUUAUAAAAUGAAUAAAUAUUACUUGUAAUAUCUUGCAGUUAUCCGAGACAAUGUAUUAUUUCAAGUUCAAUUGUAAGUUUAAUUCAAUGAGAAUUUAAAAGAUUGACGUUUAAUAUGAUCCAAGAAAUAGUUAAUAUUUUUAAACUAGCUUCAAAUAUGUUUAAACAAAAUUAUGUAACAUAUUAACUGAAGAUCAAUCUUGAUGCAAGAUUCUUUUCCCUC